AUGCCUGAGAGCUCCACAUGUAAUGUUUCAUUAAGGGUGUUCUCAAGUUGGAGUGAUGUCAGCGCCGGUCAACGAGAAGAGCUGGACUGGCGGAAUGUUGUCACAGAGGCGGAACAGAUUGUGGGGUAUCCUACGUCAUUCCUCAAUUUGAGAUGGUUAUUAAAUGAUGAGAUUGCUAAUACAGCGAUACAUCUCAGGAAAUUAGUCGGAACAAAUCAUCCACUUCUGAAAUCUGCAAAAAAUCUUUUAAUUGGUUCCAAAAGCAAUCUCCAAUCCGUCGGAUUGAUUAUUCUUCUGGUAUCAAAAGCGGCCGACUUACCACACAAUAUGAUGGAUCAGCAUACUUCAGGAGUUCUCCACACACAGAGGGCAUUAGCGGAGAUCGUAGAGAUGAAAAGAACGGGUCACAUGAUUCACAAGACGAUGGCUAAUUUGAAAGAGAAAGAGAAACAUGGUGAUAAAUACAAGGAUCUCUUGUAUGGAAAUAAAAUUGUUCUUUUGACGGGGGAUUACCUUCUAGCGAUGUGUCUAAAGGGUUUGGGUGGACUACGUAAUGCAGAGGUAACGGAGUUGAUAUCGACUGGUCUUCGGGACCUUGUUGAAGGCGACUUCUUGGGAGAGCGCGAUGAUGAAAAUAAUCCCUUGCCGAGUAAACCUAAAGCGAGCAACGAUUUAAAUGUUCGUUAUCAAUGGGAAAGUGAAGACAAUCUUGGCAAACUUGGUUCGAAUGAUUAUCUUGGACGGGGGAAAGAUGAAUGGCUCUUACGCACAAUGCUUACAUCGGGCAGUCUUCUUGGCAAAGGUUGCCAAGGUGCUAUGAAACUGGCUCGUCGAGGAGAGCAAAUGGAACGGGACGGUUAUAUUCUUGGCGGUCACUUGGCGAUAAUUUGGCAACUUUAUCUUGACGUACGAGAUUUCUUCACACAUCCGUAUUCGUAUUCCUUAGUCGGGGCUCCUGUAAUUUUAGCGAUUUGGGAAUAUCCCACUGUGUAUAGCUACAUUUUGGAGGCAAAGUUAGAAAAAAGACCCAUCGAAUAUAAACAAUUGUAUUACGCGGUAAGAGCAACGAGAUCUUUGGAAUAUUUGACGUUAUUAUUAGAAGAUGAAAUGGCGGCCAUCUUGAAGAUAAGUGAUAGGUUUCCAGUCGAUGAUGCACGAAAUGCGAUACAAAAGAUGGCGUUGACAAUCCAUGAUGAAACACUUCAGUACAUAGAAUAGUGCAUUUAU